AUGGUUCAGACUAUCGUCCUGUACGACAUUCCCGGUACGAGUCCGAACACCUGGAAAGCACGUUUUUCCUUGAAUAUGAAGGGCCUUAUCUACGAGACAAAAUGGAUCGAAUACCCAGACAUCGCGCCCCUCUGCCAUCAACUGGAACUCGACACCGCCUCUCCAAUGCACACCGAUAUUCAUGACGGCAAACCGCACUACACCCUUCCCAUCAUGCACGAUCCUUCGACCCAUACGACCGUCGCCGACUCGUUCAAGAUAGCACAAUAUCUUGACCGCACUUACCCCCCGUCAUCUUCACCAUCGUCGACCAAGAACAUUCAACUGCUCCCAAAGGGCACGAUCGCGUUACAGUUGGCGUUUCUUCAAUAUUUCACGGAGAAGGUGACCAUGCCGAUGUUCCCGAUUCUUGCUUUGCCCACGAAACUUUCGCUCCCGCCGCGCAGUCAAGAAUAUUAUCGUGCAACUAGGGAGCAAAUGUUCGGGAUGAGGAUAGAGGAUAUCGCACCAGAGGGUAGUCCCCAGAGGUCGGAGUAUUGGAGACUGGCACUGGAAGGGUUGAAUCAGAUUCAUGAGUGGACGAAGCUGAACGACGGGAUUAGCGAUCAAGAUCCAGGGAAAUGGCAGUACGUGAUGGGGGCGAAGCCGGGGUUUUCCGACGUUAUGAUGGCCGCUCAACUUCACUGGGUGAGAAGGUUGUUUGGACGUGAGUCGAAGGAGUGGAAGGAUGUGAUGUGUGUCAGUGGAGGCAGGUGGGCAUGGUUGAUGGAAGAGUUCGCAGAGUGGGAUCGCGUGGAUGAAAAUGAGUCGGAGUGA